ACCCUGGUUACCUUGAUGAGUAAAUCCAUACGCUUUGGAAUCUUUGAUACUGCAUGGUCCUCGUGCUCCAACCAGCGGACUACUUUUUUUCCUGACGAAGGGGCGGAAACGAUACAUGACUGUAGUCAAGCUAUCGGCUCUGUAUUUCAACAACAAAUCAAGACCGAACAGCGACGUUAUCACAAUAUAAUUACGAGGCAAAGACCGUCGUGUUGUUUUAUAUCGGUUCAGGUGGAAGUUCAAGUGUUUUCUGUAAUUGUAGCGUUAAGUCAUCGUAACCUGCUGGUCCCCAGGUCUACCUGAUGAGUAUGAGCCUGACUACAGAACCCCCUAACGAUGUUCCUGCUGUUACAGAAGAGAGCAAAAUGACUACAGUCGAGAAGGACAAGAAGCCAGAUGAUGUGGAAGAGGAGGAGGAGGAGGAGGAAGAAUAUGUGGUGGAAAAGGUCCUGAAUCGGCGGGUGGUGAAAGGGAGAGUAGAAUAUCUUCUCAAGUGGAAAGGCUUCUCUGAGGAAGACAACACGUGGGAGCCAGAAGACAACCUGGACUGUCCAGAUUUGAUUGCAGAAUUCCUGCAGUCCCAGAAAUCAGCACACGAGGGUAAGAGGAAGGGGGCCGGAGACGCAGAAGGAGACGAGAGUAAAACAAAGAAGAAAAAAGAUGAUACAGAGAAGCUAAGGGGCUUUGCUCGAGGGCUGGAUCCAGAAAGGAUUAUUGGUGCCACAGAUUCCACAGGAGAGCUCAUGUUCCUCAUGAAAUGGAAAAACUCUGACGAAGCCGACCUGGUGCCGGCGAAGGAGGCCAACGUGAAGUGUCCGCAGGUGGUCAUCUCUUUCUACGAAGAGAGACUUACUUGGCACUCGUAUCCCACUGAAGACGAGAAGAAAGAUGACAAAAACUAACACAGGGCGAAGGGGUAGAGGGAAGGAAAGAAAAGAAACUGUAGUUUUGAACUUCAUUGUACAUGUACUUUCCAGAGGUAUUUUGGGGAGACCGGGAGGGGGGGGGGCAAAGACAAGCAAGGCAUUAUUGGACUCAUUCGUCUUAUGGUACAGUAUCACUCAUUUGAUUCUACUUUUAUCUGGAUAGUCAAACUGUAUAUAUGCUUCAGGUUUGCUUGACAAAACCCAAAUGAAAUUUAAAGAAACGGCAGUGUUAAUUUUCAGUGUCGACUCGGCCGCUUCGGUAUCAUUUCCACACAUUUGGUCCAGUGCUCGGUCAUCUUGCUAUGAGAUUGUAUCAGUGAGGUGGUUUUUAUUUCAUAUGUGUCGUGUGUUUUUUUUUUUUUUUUUUUUUACAUGGUUCAUUGGUGCUUUUGAGGUCCAUCUUAACUGUUUCCUUCCGACUUGUUUAGUUCACGGUUACGAACCCUUUUCAGUGGUUAAAUUUGGUCGUUGGUACUCUUUGUGGUGUUUUUCAUUCUCGUCUCUUGCUUGUCGGUUUUUGGAGAAUAAACCACUUUUUGUUAA